UUGUAAUGCUAAACUAAAAUCUCGAUAAUGCCGUCAAAUUUUAUGGUGGUAUGAGUUAUCAGCGAGCAAUUCACCCAAACCGAAGCCAUGGUCAACAAAGGGUGAAAAUGGUAGCGUGAUAUCAAUGCUUCAAUAAUCAAUGUUGCUUCUUCUACUUCUAACUUCUACCCAAAUUACACCUACACUUCCAACUUCCAACUAACAAUGUUACUCACUUCUCAUCACCAUCAUUAUCAUCAUCAUCAUCAUCAUCAUCAUCACCCAUUCGCACAUUCACCAUCUUCACUCUGCACAACCAUCAUCAUCCCCUUACGCCCCUUACACCUCAACACUCAAAUUCUCAACCUCAAACUACCAACCACAACUCACAGGUUUACUUCCAUCACCGUCCACGCCGACUCCUUUCGCCGCCGAUCUCAAAUUUCGGUUCCCAAGCAUGUCACCGGCGAUUCAAAUUUCGAUUCCUUCCUUUCAUUCCUCGAACUCUCCUGCCUUCUCUCUUCGGUUAUCGUUUCAGCCAGCGUUGCUGUGAUUGCGGUUUGGAAGAAGGAGUUGUUUGUAGCAAUCGGUAAUAGAGUUUCUCCGUGGAGUGUGUUGUUGUUGGUGGUUGGUGUUUUGACUGGUGCGUUGAUUAGGAGACGGAAAUGGAGACAAACGGUGGUGGACGGUGGGUUUCCUGUUUCGGAGGUGAAUUUUUUGCAGAGGAUGGAGAAAUUGGAAGAGGAUUUGAGGAGUUCUGCGAUGGUUGUUAGGGUUUUGUCGAGGCAGCUUGAGAAAUUGGGGAUUAGGUUUCGUGUUACUCGGAAGUCUUUGAAGGAACCUAUAACUGAGACUGCAGCUCUGGCACAGAAGAAUUCCGAGGCCGCAAGAGCAUUAGCUAUGCAAUCAGACAUUUUGGAGAAGGAGCUCGGUGAAAUUCAAAAGGUUUUACUAGCAAUGCAGGAACAACAGCGAAAACAACUUGAUCUCAUUCUUGCAAUUGGGAAGGCAGGUAAGCUAUGGGAAAGCAAGCGUGAAACUAGUGAAGAACACGGUACAAUAGAAAUGUCUAACUCAGCUGCUAAUGAGGUAAAACAGCAGGUCCAUCAAAUUUGAAGCUUGGGUUAAACUGAUAGUAAAAUCCACAAAUUCCAGAGUGGUGAAUCUCGGUGCAAUAUUCUUUGUUUUCGGAAUCAUCUAUCAACGCACAAAAUCAAAUUACCUUGAGUUUUAUCAGCUCAUAAAUAAUGAUUAUAUGUUUUAUUCAGGGCGCCUCAAGGUUCCUGUGCAUACAGUUGACAGGAAAUUACUUAAUUCAGUCUAAGAGGGGUGAAUUUUCUGAGUCCUCUCUGGCCAUGAUAAAGUUCAGAAAUGUAUUAUUGGUUCACAUAUUGUUGGUUCUUUAUGUCUGUGCAUGUACUUUCAAUUCAAGUUUACAAGGUACUCUAUUUGUAGGCAGUUCACAUUUUUUCCCUUUCAUUUUUCUGUAUCAAAGACAAAUGAAUAUGCCUAUGGAACAUACUUUGGUCCGGACUAGUAACUGAGUUAUUUGAACCAAGUUUAUAUGUCUCAAAUGAAAAAUAGAAUUCAAGUAA